AUGGCACAGCCUGCAGCGGCCAGGACUUUGUCCCGGACGGUUCUGCCCCGGCCUGUGGUGCCUGUCACCGCUCGUUCAAUGUCCACCUUGCCAAGACUUUACCGAGCACGCACAGGAUUGCGUCCGCGAGUCCCUUUAUGCAACAGGUUCGAGCUCGGUCGGUGCCGUGGGUUCCACAGCAGUUUGAGCUGCCAGUCUGCAGAAGGCGAGUUGGUGACCGAGGCAGCCACAGGGGAGACUGGGACGAGCAGCAAUACAGCCUCGAAGCCGCCGGCGCCACGCAGGAUCACGAUCGAGGACAUAUAUGCUCGGCGGAAGCGAGACGGGCGGCUUGUGGCCGGCACGGCAGCAGCAGCCGACAUCGACUCGUUCAAGACGGCGUCAGACUGGCAGCUGCUGCCCAAGGCGCGGCGGUGGGACCACCUGCUAAGCUCGGAGAGCAGGGCGCGUGGGCCAUGUGUGUUGAAACAGGCGGCGCAACACCUCAAGAAGCCGGGCAUGAUUUCACUGGGAGGCGGUCUGCCAACGCCGGAGCACUUCCCCAUCCAGUCACUAAGCCUGCGGGUGCCUACGGGACCGACUGACUUCUCCGAGACCGCGGCAGGGUCUGAAGAUGGCGGGGCGACGGUGACGAUGGGCAAGUACGACGCGUCGUUGCGUGCAGGCAGUGGCGGAGAACCAGCAGCAGAGUACGACCUGUCGGUCGCGCUUAACUACGGACAGGCGGCCGGAUCGCCACAGAUGCUGCGGGGGGUGACAGAGCACACGGAGCUCGUCUGCCGGCCACCGUACGCGGACUGGCGCACGACAUUGACAGUGGGCAGCACGGGAGCACUGGAGCAGGCACUACGCAUCUUUUGCGAGCGUGAGCGCGGCGACACGCUGCUGACGGAGGUGUACAGCUUCGCAACGGCGCUGGAGACGGCGUGGCCGCUGGGCAUCCACGUGCAGGGCGUGGACAUUGACGGCGAGGGCAUGCGGCCGGACAGCCUGGACGCCCUGCUGUCCGGCUGGGACGUGCAGGCCCGAGGUGGACGGCGCAAGCCACAUCUGCUGUACACGGUGCCCAGCGGGCAGAACCCGACAGGCACGACGCAGAGCCUGGAGCGACGACAGGCGCUGUACGACGUGUGCAGGCGACACGACGUGUUCAUCCUCGAGGACGAGCCGUACUACUUCCUGCAGAUGCCACCGUAUGUGCGCAGCCGGGACGCUGCAGCGGCUCCGGGGCCGGGUGACGGGCAGACACCGCCGUCUGCCGAGGCGUUCCUGCAGUCGCUCAUCCCGACCAUGGUGAGCCUCGACGUCGACGGCCGGGUGAUGCGCUUGGAUUCGUUUUCCAAGGUGCUCGUGCCGGGCUCGCGCAUGGGAUGGGUCACAGCGUCGGAGCAGGUUGUCGAGCGGUAUGUGCGGCACAGCGAGGUGUGCAGCCAGGGUGCAGCGGGCAUCUCGCAGGCGGUUCUCUACCAGCUGCUAGAGACGACCUGGGGCCACGCCGGAUAUCUGAACUGGCUAGCCCACCUGCAGCGGUCGUACACACGUCGCCGCAACGUCAUGCUGGACGCGUGCGAGGACUACCUGCCGACGGGCAUCGUCACGUGGAAAGUGCCGGUUGCCGGCAUGUUUCACUGGCUCAAGGUCGACCACACGCAGCAUCCAGACCACGGACGGCGGGACGCGCUCGAGCUGGAGGACGAGAUCUUCAAGCUCUGCAUCGACAAGGGUGUCCUGGUUGCUCGGGGAUCGUGGUUUUCAGCCGAGCCUGACAAGCCGCAGACGGGACUGUUCUUCCGCACGACAUUCGCUGCAGCCCCGCCGGAUGCGAUAGUAGAGGCCAUCCGCCGGUUCGGCGAGGCCGUCAAGCGGAGCUUCCGGCUCUGA